AUGCAAGGAUCCAUCACUUAUAUUUUAAUUUUUAGUUUUAUUUCACCUUGUCUAUGUACAAGGUUGAAUGUUGGAACCACAAAUGAUGUUUAUAAUGUGAUGCAAUAUGGUGCAAUUGGAGAUGGCAAAUCUGAUGAUACACAAGCAUUUUCAAAAGCAUGGAGUAGUGUCUGUGCAUCAAGUGGGAUGUCAACAUUAGUUAUACCAUCUGGAAAAUCAUUCAUGGUGACUGGAGUAAACUUUAGUGGUCCUUGCAAUGCCAAAAUUACCAUUCAGAUGGAAGGGCGAAUAGUUGCACCUUCUAAAGAAAAUUGGAAAGGUGGGGCGAAUUUGAUUACGAUGGAAUAUUUAAACGAACUUAUCGUUGAUGGCAAUGGCCAUGGAGAAGUCUAUGGGAAUGGUGGAACUUGGUGGAACUGCCCAACUUGUUUUCGACCUGGGGUGUUGUUUUUUCAUGCAUGCAAUGGUCUUAAUGUUCGUAACUUGAAGAUCACUCAUAGUCCACAAAUUCAUGUAUAUGUUAUGCAGUGCAAUGGUGCAACAUUCACUCAUGUAUCUAUUAAUUCUCCUGCUACUAGCCCUAACACUGAUGGAUUUGGCAUUUCUUAUUCUACUAAUAUUUUGAUACAAGACUCCGACAUAAAAUCCGGUGAUGAUUGUAUUGCCAUAAACGGCGGCUCCACUUUUAUCAAUGCUACUCGAGUUACUUGUGGACCGGGCCACAGGAUAAGCGUUGGUAGUCUCGGUAGAAAUAAAACUACGGAUAAAGUUUCUGAUAUUCAUGUACGGAAUUGUACUUUCACAGGAACUACAAAUGGAGCAAGAAUCAAGACAGUCGAGGAUGCAUCUGUGUCGGUGAGUUUUGUGACAUAUCGAGGAUUUACCGGAACUUCUGCUACCGAUGUAGCUAUUAGUUUAGACUGUAGCUCAUCUGGUUGUUAUGGCAUUGUAUUGGAAGAAAACAACAUUGUCUCUGCUCAACCAGGAAAGAAGACUUCGGCUUUUUGUAGAAAUGCUCAUGGAACUGCUACACAUACUAUUCCAAAUGUCCUCUGUCUUAUCAAAUAA